AGACGUUUGAAGGAUUCGACUCCGUUGUACUUGAGUGCAAGACUGUUUCCACGAUGACGGGGAAUUUGGGCAGGAAAUUUUCCUACAGCAUUUUUGUUGUCACUGGGAAUGGAGAUGGUCUUGGAGGAUUUGCGCUCGGCAGAGCUCCGAGUCUUCCUGCCGCUUUAAGAAAGGCCAAAAAUCGUGCGGGCCAAAAAUUGAUGAGGGUUGAGCGCCAUGAGAAUCAUACUGUUUUGCAUGAUUUCCAUGCGAACUUCGGGAAGAGCAGAAUCAACGUGCACAAAGCACCGAAAGGCUUCGGUUUAGUCUGUCAUCGAGCGAUCAAGUCGAUCUGUGAAGUCAUAGGCAUCAAAGAUUUGCACGCGAAAAAGGAAGCCUGUGCGAGAAAGACUGUGCAGAAUUUAACGAAGGCGUUUUUCCUGGGGUUGCUUCGACAGAAAAGCUAUCAAGAAAUGUCUGACGAAACUAAACUGUUGCUGGUGGAGAGAAACCCGGAUCGUUUGGGAUUCCCGCGUUUGCUGGCUGAACCCUCUGAGCCGAUUCCUGACGAAAAAAUUGGGCACGUGCCCGACUUUCAAUCGUAUUGCUUUGGCGGACGAGUGGAACAUGUCAAGAAGAAGGACUCGCAGUGGUACAAGAAACUGCCUGGUUGGCAGACUCAUUUGAAACGCACUCAUCCGUUUAGAAACAUGCCU